AUGCAUUAUUUUGUUGAUCAGGACGUCAAGUACGAGCCUGUCCAGCCCUCUUUUAACACCGAUCUUAUUCGGUUGUAUGGACUGCAGCCAAUUGCCCAGUCGCUCGCCAGAGUCAACCCGGACGGCUCCAAGGGAGUCAAGCUCAGAAAGUCGUACAAGAACCACGUUAACGACCUUCCAGGCAAACAUUCGAUCCCCACCGACCGCUCGCUAUCGCCCAUUGUUUUCCACCCAGACAACCCGGACUUGUCUCAGACGCAAUUGACCCAGUAUCCGUUGGAAGAACUGAAAUCGCUGUUUGCGUUUGAAAAGAGUUCCAUCAACGGAGUGCCUGGGUUCGACCCCGCCAAACUCGCCAUCGAUAGUCUCGACUCGGCCACUCCCAAGAAAGAGCGCAAGAGAAAGGGAACCCCAACAACGCCGAGUGAGCCCGACCAGAAAAAAAGACACGUCCAGGUCCAUUUCAGCUGA